CCUUGAAAUUGAGACCGAAUCCUGAAUCGGGCCUGGGCUUAAAUCAUGGCUCAAAGGCCCAUCCACUUCUGCCUCUAUUUAACUCAGCAGUUCAAAACAGAGGCGCCUGAGCUCUCCCGCGGAUACAGACGCUCGCACGACUGAUUGGCACUCCUUCGACGGCCAGCUGAAGCAUCUAGAGUUUCGCAGAACGAAGAUCAGCAGACAGUGUAGAGUGAGAUGGAGAAAUCUGAGAAGAGAGAUUCUAAUUUGAAGGAGAAAAAUUUGUUGUUAGUGAAAAGCGUGUGGAGGGAAGUUGGAUAUAGCUGCGCUGAAAUCCUGAGUGAUAUACUUCUAAUUGAUAUGGAUAUCGAAAAGGAUUUUCUCAGUUCUUGGAAAUCAAUGUCAGUGGCAGAGGAUGACACAAUGGAUUUUGACCUUCCGAAAGUUUCUAAGGGCAAUAAAAAGCCAUUUGAUUUUGACAAAGCGGAUAUGGAUUUUAAUUUGGAUGUUGAUUUUGGGAAGAUAUCCUCUUUCAAUAUAGACAUGUUAGAUAUUGAAAUCUCUCCGCCACUUCAACAAGCUGGAAAAUCCAAGGAUAAUUUGGAUGAGCCAUCCAGUGGAGAGGAUAAAGGAAAAAUUAAUCGCUUUGCUUUUGCAUUUGAUUUUGAUGAGAUGGAGAAUUUUAAUUUUGAUUCAAGCUCAACAAAAGUAGGUUCAAAAGCUAAAAAGGAUACGGUUAAUGAAGAGCGUUCUCCAGAUGGAACUAUGGGUCUAGAUAAGGAAGUAUCCAUGAAGUUGGAUCUGAUCAGAGACACAAAUUCUGUAGAAAAAGUGCCCCAGAAAUCAUCUUUACCAGAGACUGAAGUUGAUUUUGACAUGGAAUUUCUAGUUGGAAGAAUGAAAGAUGUUGAUAACCCAAAUCUCCCUCCAAGAUUGGCAGUGGAUGAUCCUGUUACUUCUGUAAAUUCAGCUGCAGGCAAUGAAGUUGCAUCUGAUAAAACAAAUUGUCCUUUGCAGACCUCAACUGCUUUAGAGGAACAACUAAAAAGUAAUCAAUCUGAAAAACUGGAUAACUCAAAACCAGUUGAUCUUGAAGUUUUUUCUGGUAAUGAUGGCAACCGGGAAUAUUCAUCUGAUUAUCACUUCAACAAGGAGCAAUCUAACUCAUCAGGGGUACAGCAAAAGCUUGGCUGUAUCGGUAACAAUGCUACUGGUUCUGAUAUAGGACAGGAUACUCAAAGGAUGUCACUUAUUGGUUUAACCAACAGCAAGAACCAAACAAAUCCCGAAAACUUGCAGCACUGCCAGGCGGUGGGUAUUGCAGAGAACAAUAGUUGUGAAAAGAAUGAGGUUGUGGUUAAUGAUAAUGCAGUUGAAAUUAGAGAAGGGAUUAAACCAGGUCAUGUUAAUUCAAAUACUGAUUUGCCUUCUCCUGUCGAAGACCAGGAAAUUGCUGCAAAGAAUCUCAAGUUGUCCCUAGUCAGUCAACCAAAAGAAAUGUUGGUGAAGGAAACAUUGAAAAGAAGAGAACCCCUUGUUACCUGCUUGAGAUCUUUUCUUCAGUCCAAGAAAUUAGAAUGCCCUAUGAAGAAGAUGGGUUCCCAGAAUGUAUUUUUGUUAUCUGGUAGUCAGAAGAUGGACUCCACUGACCCUACUACAGUUGAAGGAAGGGAGUCAGAUGGAAUCCAAAGUGCAAGAAAACUAGCCUCUCUUCCUCUUCAACGUGAUAAUUCCAAAGCUCUUUUAAAGAAGGAUAUUCCCCAGACGCAGAUUCAUGAAAACUACAAGGGACUAAAGACUUUAGGGGAGAUCAAAGCUAAUGGAUUACAAAAUGGGAAUCAACCACCUGAUUCGUUCCCAGCACAAAAUAAGGACAUAGCAAAGCCAAAAUCUGCUUUGAUGCAAAGGGAAAUCACUACAAAAGAUCUAAAGUCUCUCAGGGAGGUCAAGGCUAAUGAGUUACCAGAUGGGAAUCAAUCUUCCUUGAAACAAAAUAAGGACACGGAAAAAUCGAAAUCUUCUGUGAACCAAAGAGAAAUGACUACAAAAGAUCUAGAUGCUCUCGGUUCAACUAAGGAUAUCAGCAAUGAAGCAGUACAAAAAGGCCGAAACCCGACAGCUUUAACAUCAUUUCAAGCAACAAAAUGCACUCCUGCGGAAGAACAGAAACAUUCUUCGAUUGAAAGUGGAAAGAACUCGAAGAAGCCCCCUGAGCUCCGAGUACUUAAACUCCCAAGUUUAAACCUUGACACAACAAAAUCCCCUAUUCACAAAAAUAUCAGACCAGGAUCUAACAUUAGGGAGAACACGAUUUUAACAACGAAAACACCAUCAUCGAAGAAAGUACCUUGUUGCCUGUCUGUAAAGCGAAAAUCAUCUGAGAAGAACGAUGCGCAUACCUUGCCUCCAUCUAAGCGCCCCUCCCCUUCGCCAAGACUUUUAGUGAAAACACCAGAAACAAUUCAUGACAACGAGUUACUAAGCCACAAUGAAGACGAAAACAGCUCCAUAAAAAAUGCAGCCGAACAUUGCGAAAUCUCUACAUUUCAAAUGUCAUUUGCCACUGAAACUGUAAGCAACAUUAUGCUAGCUGAAUCCUACGGCAAGGAGCUUGAUGAUCUUUGUAACAUGCUGAGGAAGAAGCACGACGAGGCAAAAGAAUUACUGGUUCGGGCAAUCGUGAACAACAAUAAGCUUCUGAUGCUCAAUAGUCCUGUUUUCGAAGUGAAGAUUGUCGCGACUCGGGAACUUUUCGCCAAAUUAGCACUUGACAGCAUUCAUGUAGGCAAUCACCAGCAGUUGGAUCCAUCACUGCCCAUUUGAAGAUUCUCCAUUGCCAGCCUCAUGGCAUAUACUCUCCCUCUGUAAGUGCUUAUAUUGGUCACUGUUACAUUCCACAAUAAAAUAGCUGAUCUGAUUCACUUUGAGAAAUCAAUAAUAAUAAUAAUAAUUUUCUAAUAGUCUAAAAAUAUAGGUGACGAAAAGACCUCAUGAAAUUAGGUAAAAGACAAUAAUAUUGCAUGUAUGAGACUAAGAUCUCCUCUUCAUAAUGAUAGUUGGCCUGAAAAUUUGGUAGCCUCAUUCUGCACAGGGACCACUCACUAACACAUGCAAGUUGCUGCAAUAAUAAAUAGCUUUUCCUAUUUAGAAAAAUCAAUACUCCUGCAAAAUUUAUUUUUAUUUUUAUUUUUAGUUUUUCCUUUAAAUUUACUUUAUUAUUAAUUUUGAUAAAGUCAAUAAAUUUAAGAUUUAACUAUUAUAUUUCAUUCAAUAUUUAUUUACAUCAAAUGUCAUUCCUUUUAUUAUAUUAUUUUUUAAAAUUUUUUUAA